AUGGGGGCAAAACAAAAACCCGAAUGGGAUUCAGUUGAUGCUGAGGCUGCGGCGAGCGACGCCAGUCUUCGCGAUCACACAAACGAAGAUCCGCAUGGAGAUGGAGACUUAAAAAAUGAUCCAUUUGGAAAUGAAGAGAACAAAGAAGUCAAAUACAGAACUAUGAAGUGGUGGCACUGUGGAAUGCUGAUGAUUGCUGCGAACAUCUCAUUGGGAAUCUUAUCGCUUCCUUCAGCGGUUGCAACUCUAGGCAUGGGGCCCGCCGCCAUCCUAAUUAUAUUUCUUUCCGGUCUCUCCUGGUAUACCGGAUACGUAAUAGGGCAAUUCAAGAUCCGCCACCCUCAUGUUCAUAGCAUGGGAGAUGCGGGCGAACUCCUGAUGGGACGGAUUGGUCGAGAAAUCCUAGGAAUUGGCCAACUGCUUUUGCUCAUUUUUCUCAUGUCAAGCCAUCUACUAACAUUCAAUAUCUUGAUGAACACUCUUACGAACCACGGGACUUGUACAACAGUCUUUGGAGUUAUCGGGCUCAUCAUCUGCUUCCUUGGUGCUCUUCCGCGCACCAUGGAGAAGGUGUACUGGAUGUCUGUCGCGUCCUUCUCGAGUAUAUUCAUAGCAACUUUAGUUACUAUGAUUUCCAUCGGUGUGGAUGCGGACGGACCUAUUCAAAAUGACAGCGUUAGAGAGGUCAGCUUUUACAAAGGCUUCUUGGCGGUGACCAAUAUCAUCUUUGCCUAUAUUGCACACGCCACGUUUUUCGGAUUUGUCUCAGAGACAGAAGAUCCGAGGACGUUCCCUAAGUCCCUAGCAAUGCUUCAGAUUGUUGACACGGUGAUGUAUCUUGUCACUGCAUUGGUUUUGUAUCAUUACGCUGGCCCAGACGUCAAAUCACCCGCCCUUUCAUCUGCGGGCCCUCUAAUGAAAAAGGUUUGCUAUGGUCUAGCUAUUCCAACAGUCAGUUUCAGUGAUUUCUAUUAG